GCUGACAAAUUUGCGUUGUUACCAAUUAUCUUGCAUUGAAUCACUGCAGAAUAAAAUAUAUAUUCCUCACUGUGUUCCGUGGUCUCUUUUUUUUCCUUGACAAUCAUUGGAUGUCAGUAGCGCAAAUGAUAUCUGAUUUCUUUUGUUUGAUUUGUUACUGUUUGCUUUGGUCAACUUAUGAGCAAUUUUCAGGAUAUUGAUGGUGUUUUCUUUCCAAAGUACACACACACACACACGCACACAUAUAUAUUUGAAUGAAACCACUGAUGUCUUGUAAGGAAUGUCAUAUGUCACCCCAUAGAAAGGUUUGGGACGAAGCUUUGCUUAAAAUACAACUUCAUUUUCAGCUUUACUACCAUCAUAUGGCAAUACAAUCUUUGAGUUAAUUCUCAUGGACACAUUUUGAUGCAUGAAGCCAGUGAUGCCUUAGUCUGCUGGAGAAUAUGGAAAAAGCCUCACUUAGAAAGCAUCCAAUUGUUAGAAACUUGGAACUUAUCUUUGAUUACAAUUACUGGAAGUACUGUGGAAUUUAAUUCAAUGAAUUCGAGCCUAAUACAUUUUCACUGAAAACCUCAUGAAAUUUUCUGUGCAUCAGAAAAAUUUAUGAGUCAGUGAAUGUAAAGGCAUCCUAUGAAGGGAAUAUCGAAAUGCUCUGUUUGUGUUUGAAACCUCAAAUUGUCAUGUUUAGUGGCUUGUCUAAUUGACAUGUCAUGGUGAAUGUAGGGCAAUCCAAUGAUUGCAAGGAUUGUGGUGGGAAGUAUAUAUUGAUAAAAGAUGAAGAAGACCCCCGGUUGGCCAUGUUCAACAAGCCCCUUCCAUGCUGCGGCUGUGGAAUAGGAUGGUGUUCUUUGCUUUUGGGAUUUGUGUGCCCAUUGAUAUGGUACUAUGCUGCAAUUCUCUACUUAUGCAGCUACUACCACAAAGAUCCGCGAGAGCGAUCUGGCCUUGCUGCCAAUGCAAUUGCUGCACUGGUCUGUACAGUUGUAACCCUCAUCACGGUAGCUGCCAUCUACCUCUAGUUCAGGUCUUUCAUGUUACACGUUCAGCUUGAGUCCUCUCAACCGGUGCCUUUGCGGCAUACGGUAAAGCUGACAGCCAGGGAAUAUUAUAUGAACCUUCAUGUAGCAAGCUCAGCGAGGGAAGCAUGAUGAUGAAUGGUUCUAAUCUUCAAAAUUGCUCUCCUCUGCUUUAUCUUGUAACACUAUGACAAAUUUAUUUGUAUAGUAGAACAUUAAGUUGAUGAAAAUUCGCAAUUAAUUGGUAAACAAUACCUGUUCACUCUAA